AUGAAAACGCCGAGAGGAAGCGGGGCCGCCGGCCAGCGCCCGCCCCACGCCGGCUCAGGCGCGCCGCGGGCAGCCCGCGGGGCCUCCCUGCGCCUGCGCCGGCGUCGGGACUUCCGGUGCCGCGAGCCGGGCCAUGGCGGCCGCCGCGCUCGCCGCUCCCCGCGGCUCUCCGCUGCUAGCGGCUGGUGCGCGGCUACUGGCACGGUGGUCGUGGAGCGCUGGUGGAAGGUGCCGCUGGCCGGGGAGGGCCGCAAGCCGCGUCUGCACCGGCGACACCGCGUCUACAAGCUGGUGGAGGACACGAAACACCGGCCAAAGGAGAACCUGGAGCUCAUCCUCACGCAGUCUGUGGAGAAACUUGGAGUCCGCGGUGACCUGGUUUCUGUCAGCAAGUCUUUGGGUCGCAAUCGGCUCCUUCCCCAAGGACUCGCCGUGUACGCAUCCCCUGAAAACCGAAAGCUGUUCGAAGAAGAGAAAUUGCUGAGACAAGAAGGAAAAUUAGAGAGGAUCCAGACCAAGGCAGGCGAGGCGACAGUGAAAUUUCUGAGAAACUGUCACUUGGAGGUAGGAAUGAAGAACAAUGUCAAAUGGGAGCUGAAUUCUGAAAUAGUUGCCCGCCACUUCCUUAAGAAUCUUGGUGUCGUGGUUGCCCCUCAUGCAUUGAAACUACCAGAGGAGCCUAUCACACGGUGGGGCGAGUACUGGUGUGAGGUGACGGUCAAUGGGCUUGACACCGUGAGAGUUCCUAUGUCUGUGGUAAACUUUGAAAAGCCCAGGACCAAAAGAUAUAAGUUCUGGUUGGCCCAACAAGCUGCCAAGGGCCUGACCUCCACCAGUUCCCAGACUCUCUGAACCUACUCUCCCUGCAAGACUGAAAAGCAGAAUCAGUAGCAGUGGAACAAAAAGGGGCCAGUACCCUGAUCGCACUCCCAUACCUGACCAAAUAUGGAAUUUUAGAGAACAUUUGGACUCAUCGGACUGAACGGUAUAUACAUGUUGAAUUCUCCAUAUUCGCCGUCUCCAUCAUAUCCAGCUCUAUCAGAGCACUUUUGCCAAAGAAGUACUAGGCUGUUGAUUUGAUAAACUGGAUACCAGUGGAUUGAAA